CACGAGCUCCCUGUGAGCACAUAAAUUCACACACUCACACACACACCAGCUCAUACACACACUCUUACACACUCCUCCUGCACGUGCACUCACCUGUAUAUCAGCUACCUACCUGUGUUGUGGAGUACCUGCACGCACGAGGAUGCUCAAGUCCCUGCGCUUCCAGUUCAAGGUGAGGAAAAACAAGUUCUCCCAGCCCUGGCAAGAGAGCAGUGUUGAAGAUGAGGAGGAUGGUGAUGAAGAUUUUCACGUAGUGGAGCACCAUGAUGAGCAGGUGGACAGUCCAGGUGUGGACAGCAGCACAUGGAGUGUUCCUCACUUAUUAGGACUGGAUGAGAUUAACCUGAACCUGAUGUGUGAACUGAAGCUCUCAGAGGAGAGCAAACUGCUCACCUUCAGCCAGAUUCAACAGCUCUCUCAGCACCUCCCUGAGGUGCUCAGUUUGUGCGAGUGGAUGCUGAUCUAUCAGACCCAAACCCACGGCAGCAGUCUGAGGACGCUGUACCGCGCCACCGAACAGCUGGAGCGCUGCAUGGUGCUGAUCCUCCGAGACACCUACGGCCAGGUGUUUGGUGUUGUAUGCUCCGCCCCUCUCCGAGUAAGCUCCUCCUACUACGGCACAGGGCAGACCUUUCUGUUCUCCUUUUCCCCUCAUCUACAGGUAUAUAAGUGGACGGGGGUUAACUCGUACUUCAUUAAAGGAGGCAUGGACGCUCUGCUGUUCGGGGGAGGAAGAGGUCGGUUCGGGCUGUGGAUAAACGGGGACCUGAUCAGGGGGCGGAGUCAGAAGUGUGACACGUUCGAUAACGAGACUCUGUCCUCUGAGGAAGAUUUCGUGAUUAAUGAGCUGGAGGUUUGGGCUCUUGUCUGACUUUUCUUCUGUAGACGCUUCGUUCUGUUCGUAUCUGAGGAAGAUCGGGGGCGUGUCGGCCUCGCCAGCGCCAGCCUGAACUGUCACAACCUGUGCCGGGUCUGGUGCCGGGUCUGGUGCCAGGUCUGGCGAUGAUGAGCCUAAGCUUUCCCAAUAAGAUUACACUGCAGUGCCUCUUCAGGCACUAAGCUGGAUCAGGAGCUGCUGGUCUGGAGGAUUCUCAGUCUCAGGGCUGUGGAAACGUGCAGUGAGUGCAGGCUGGAGGGACUGAAGGAUGGACUGUGACGGGCUGUGCCGCCACUAGAUGGCGCUAUCAGCAAAGAAAUGUGCAGGAUUUUCAGAAAAACUGAUUUUCAGGCCUGAAAUCUUCAUUAAAAAGUCAGAUUUUAGCCUAAAAAAGGGCAUUUUGAUGGUUAAACAUCUUACAAUGUUUUUCACUGUAACUUCUAGUCUAGUGCAGCCACUACAGACACUCUAUGAUUAUAUUAUCCAUUUUAAAAAAAUCUGAUUUGUUAAUAAUAUUAAUAAGAUUUGUAGUAUAUUGGCAGAUUUGGCAGCAUAUCGUUUCUUUUUCUUAAAAAAAAAAGUAAGAAACCAUUAAGAUGCCAUUUAGUUGAUUUUAAAAGUAGUUUUAGUGCAUUUUAAUCACAAUUAAGUAGUUUUUCUGUUUUUCUUUUUCUCACACUUCUUAAAAAAAGUUAAAAAACCCAUACAGUAUAUGUGUGUGUAUAUAUUUGGGAAUAUAUUUGAAGACUUUUUACUUUUGAUAGCAAAUUAUUAUUCCAAAAAGAAAACUAAAUCAAUUAAUGCUUUGAUAAUUUUUUUUUUUUUUUAUUAAUUAGGUUCUUUGAAAUCUCUUUUGCUAUGUUUUAAAAUAUAUAUAUUCACAAUAUUUUGUCUAUACAUUGUGGCAUUAUGGUUAUAAACACUGCAAACAAUGAAAAUUACAUUUUAAUUAUAUUUAGAUUUUUGGUUUUUACUGAAUAUUUUAAGAAUUUUGUGAUCAAAAAGUGAAAAAUUAUAAAUGACAAUGUACUGUAUUUUUAUCAUUUGCUAUUUUAUUUUAUUAUCUCUUGUAGUUUGUACUAUUUAUAUAGUCUAUAGUGUGUGUGUGUGUUUGUGUUUGUGUGUGUGUGUGAUGCAGGGAAUUCAGUGUAAAGUGUUUAUUAUGCUACACUGUGAGACACUAUGAGACUCCACCAAUAAAACCUGGUUCUGAUUCUUUAA